UUCCACAGAACAUGAAAGGAAUGUGCUUGACAAUCUAUUGCCCCGCACAACCUUGAAGAAGCUUGAGAUCAGUAACUUUGGAGGCACAAAAUUUCCAAGUUGGUUAGGCGAUGAGUCAUUCUACAAUAUAGUCUGUGUUAGACUUUAUAACUGCAAAUAUUGCCUGAAUUUGCCCCCACUUGGUCAAUUGCCGUCCCUCAAAGAACUUUAUAUUGAAGGAUUUGAGGCAAUAGUAAGGGUGGGUCCUGAGUUUUGUGGGAGUAGCUCAUCAAGUGCAAAGCCUUUUGCAUCGUUGGAAAGCCUGAGGAUCAAUGAUAUGUCAAACUGGGAGGAAUGGUUAAUGCCAGAUGAAGCUUUCCCAAAGCUUAAAUCGCUUUCUAUAUGUCGUUGCAAGAAGCUUACUGGAGACUUGCCUCACCUCCUUCCAUAUUUGACAGAGUUUUCCAUCUGGGCAUGUCCAGAACUUGCUUCUUCCCUCCCAAUGAUGCCAAUCGUCAACAAUGUAGACCUUGUAAACUGUGAGAAGAUUACUGGAUAUGAUGUUGUAGAAUCAUUUGUGUGUCUUGAACAUCUUGAAAUCUGCAAGUCUCUUGAGUCAACAACUUGUAGGUCCCUUCCUGCUGGCUUGAAAUGGCUUGAGUUCUGGAAUUGCCAGAAUUUAGAGAUUCCUCUGCUCAACUCAUAUGACUGCCCCAAUCUGACUGACAUUUGGAUUUGGAAUUGCGAAAAGAGGAAGGGCUGGUGCCUAGCACUAUCACAGAGCUUCAAAUCCGGGAUCUUGAAUGGCUUAAAACACUGGACA